UAGAUAACAUUUAACAAAGUAAACAUUUCAUUAAAUCUCGUGUACAUAAACCUCCGUAUUGAUAUGGAUUUAUGUUUUAGAUAGGUAAAGACGGUACACGGAAUAAAUUACUUAGUACCCUCGGAAUAUAUUCGAAAAUAACAUCAGCCAGGACGUGAUGUCAGACGACGAUGGGACAAAUAUUUCGUCUGCAAACAUACUGGAACAAAAUUGUCGUGAAGACUGGCCAAAAUGGUCAUGCAUAUUUGCUAAUGUUUGUGGGUUGUGUAGUACAGCUUUGUGGUUCAUUGUGCUCCUCCCGCAAGUAUGGAAGAACUUCCGGAGAAAGUCGGUGAAGGGACUGAGCGUUUUGUGGGCAACGGCUAAUUUUACGGCGUCUUUGAUAAAUUUGUUUUUCGUAUUUAUUUACACUUCUAUACCGAUGUACGGACAAAUAAGCUCUGUUUACUGUCCCGUUCUAGAAUUUGCUUUGUUAGUUCAGUUUUGGAUGUACGGACGCAACCGGAAACUGGAGAAAAUUGUUUAUGCAACGGCGUGCUUCAUUCUGUGGGGAAUCAUAAUCGGAGUCGAACUACUUUUUACAUUAGAAAAUUUUCUAGAAUAUGCUGCCAUUUUUCUGUGGUGCAUCGAAACAUUUCCACAAAUAAUGUUGAACAUGCGCCUUCAGUCGACGAGUGGACAGUCAACAGGUUCCGUGCUUAUUGCAAUGAUUGGUAAGACGACAGAUUUUAUAUCAAACAACAGCCUUGUAUUGCCUAUCCAGUACGUCAUUAUGGUCUACUUCUCCAGCAGCGUGGCAUACAUUAACGGUCUGCAGGUCGCGUGGUACUAUGGUAACGACGAUGAUUUCCGGCAAAAUGAAGGUCAAGGACAUUGCCAGCAAACGAAUACCAGUACUUUCAGUCGCGGUAAACAAUCAGUAGAAACAGUCGAAGGGGGAUAUAAUUCUUGGAAUAAAAGUUAUGAAUCUGUUGACACUGAUGCAGACAAUAUUAAUUCACGGUCAAAGCUUUCUUCUAUAGAACCGUCGAAAAAACAACCAACUCUAGUGCUUGUUAUCCGAUCGAUAUGUUUGGUUACACUCAGUGUCCUCCUUAUAGGGUGUGUCGCUGGCUUCGUGUGGAAUGUCGCCUCCUAUUACGGACUGUUUGCCCCAGUUGCUAUUAUCUUGAUAAUAGGAAGUGGGAAGAUAUAUUUUAUGUUCUGUACGACAUCAACAUACUCUCUCCAUGUAAUGUCAUGACGCUAAACAUUAUACUUUAACAUGCAUUAAUUAAACAAUAAUCAGUCCUUAAAGGGAAAUACAGGCAAACAUUUUAUUUUAUCUCUCUAAAUUUAAUCUGAUAUUCUAUUAAUAUCUUCGAUAUGAAUACACUAAGCAGUUCUAGAUGCAAAAAUUUUCUCCUUGAGAUAAAACUGGAUGUUUCCUACGUGGGCCGGAUAAGAAUACAUUUGUAUUUAGAUUUAUCGCUAAAUAUCGCAGUAAACGAUGGUUUGAUUUAACAAACUGACAUUAUAUUACAUUUCAAAAUAGAAUUAUAUAUCUUUAUACAGAGAAAUAUGCUGGAAAUAAUAAAACUCUCAUUGUAAGCGCGAUUUGAGUAAAUAAUAUAUGAAUACCAUGCCUUUUUUAACCUUUCUCCUCAUAUAGACGUGUUUUGACGGCUUUUUGACCCUCCUCCCACUUUUUUGAGGCCUCAACCAUUGAAAAAAAUGUCCUAUUUAGGCCCAAAAAAAUGUUUUUCGUUUGAGAAAUGUUGUUAAAAAAGUGACCACUUUUUCGGCGACGUCCCCCAUCCAGCUGUUACAUGAGGGGGUUGCCAGAAGAGGGAU